UUAAAGAGUUCUUUUCAAAUAUGUUUACACUUCAUUGCUGAUCAACAUCAAGUUUUCAUAAGGCCCAAAAUGUGAGUCGAUUGAAAGGCAUAGAAAAUUAGAUAUAAAAAUUUAAUAUUAAACUACUUUGUCUAAUUCUAAAUCAUAAAUAUUUUAAUGUUGAAAGGCAAAGAAAAGGAAAUACUAAAGUUUUAUAUUUAAUUCCAUUGCCCGGUCUAUUUCUAAAUUAUCUCUAUUUUUAACAUGGUGUCUAACGCAAAUAUAUUUUUUACUAUUUAUGGUUCCCAUAUUUAAUAGUUCGAUUAUCUCAAAAAUCUUGAAAAGAUCUCUAUUGAAACUUCUGUUUAAACAGGUGGAACAAUUAUUUGUUUUCUAGAUCCUUUUGACUCUGAGCCUAGUGAGACACCACAAUUCGAGAUUAAUAAAAAUCGUUUCCCGUUCGAGAUCAAAAACGAAAAGUUAAGAAAAUCCAACCGUCACGACAAUUAAUUCAAGCCUUUAGUCACUUGCUUGGAUUAAUUUAAAAUCAUCAGUCUCGAUGUUUUAAUUGCUUCCGCUGUCUAUUUAGUUUGCGCCAUCUUCUUGGAUGAGUUCACUCUCCUUACUGCUUGAGACGUACAUUAAAUCGGUGUUUCUUUUUUUCUGAUAUUAUGUCGACCAGCAACUUGAGCAACCUCUCAUCAAGCGAAAAGGAUUUGGAUUGUCGAGUAUUAUAUGAGCCAUAUGUGUUUAAAAUAAGUUUGAUAGUUGUCUACUGUAUGGUCUUGUUGGUUGGCUUGACUGGAAACGCCCUUAUAAUCACCUUGGUGUACAAGCGGAAAGACUUAAGAAAGACUAUAAAUCAGCUUAUCGCCAACAUGGCAUUUUCUGACUUUGUCUUUCAGUUAACAUUCAUUCCAGUUGAGUUGGCAAAAGCAGGGUAUGGUCAAUGGCCGAUCGCUGAACCGGCUGGAUCAAUCGUCUGCAAGAUCCAGACUUUUGUUGUUUAUGCCUCUGUUUGUGUUUCUAUACAAAGCCUAACUUGGAUUGCUUUAGACCGGUUUAUAGCGGUAGUCUUUCCAAUGAAAGUCUAUCUGAUUUCCUCCAGAUUUCGCGUUUUGGCCAUUGCUUCCAUGUGGAUCGUUGCCGUGUUGUGCGGGUCCGCAUCUUCUAUUGAUUCUAAACUCGUGCACAAAAAUGGUGCACUUGACUGCACAGAGAAAACAACUCCAAUUUCUCAAUAUGUCGGAGCCGCCUGUUCCUUUGCUUCGUUGAUUUCCAUAACAAUUUUAUACUGCACUAUAGCGGUAACUCUACGAAGGAAAAAUAAAGCUCUCCCCACUUCCGCUGUGAAUGGAAACGUUCAGAGAAAACGGCAAGCCAUGAAAAUGUCCAUUUGCGUCGUGGCAGCCUUUUAUUUAUGUUUUGUCCCUCUCAUUAUUAUUGUCUUGUUGUCAGAAAGAGCACUGGAAAGAUCAUGUUUGUUACUCAGAGUACUAUGGCCAUUUACUGGCCUGACGAUCAACCUUUCAAGCUCGGCAAAUCCAAUAAUCUGUUUCAUCUUUGUCGAAAACUACCGGCGUGGCCUGAGAGAAUUUUGUGGUUCGUUUCUUAUUAAAUGCUCGAAGAGAAGACAAAACAUUGACUAUGGUGCAAAAGGAAUAAGUCUUCAGAGUAUAAGGGUCCUGCAAAACUCUUAUGGUAAUUAAUUAAACAUUUAUUUUAUUUUCUAAAUAAAAAGCGUUUUCCGAAGCUCCUCAGUAUUGAUUAGCUUGUUGCAUAAAGGCUCCAAGGAAGUAAUGUGUAGAGAUCGUGAAAACUGUACGGUCGUGUACGUUGCCAACGCCCUGUUCGCUGAUGAUGUAAGUGUCGUUUCGCUUACGUACUAGAUGAGUUUCCUAACUGCUUUCGCCAGAUCAGUAGCCGAAAGAACGAAGCACAUACAUGCGUAUCGCACUUUUUCUUAUCAUGCUAAAGUGAACGAGCUAUAUACGUGCGCAGCGCUCGUUUGGCCUCUUAAGUGAAGCGACAUAAGACUUUGACGAAACGACCGGUCAGCAAAACUGACAUGAAAAAAGCCAAAUCACUGGCGCCCUAUUUUCCCUUGACCUUGCGUUAGCGACGUCACUACUAUCUGAGAGCCUGGCUUAGGCUACUUGAUACGUCUAUUAAUAAAGUAUUUAUAAAGUAUUGUUGUUAUAAAUGUACUGUAUUGUACUUGAUGGCAGUUAUCUGACUUAACCUUUUUAAGAUUAUUAAGAUGCUAUGGCACCGAAUUUACGAAGCAUUCCUAACUUUUAAGUUAGGCUUGUUUCGUGAAUUCGGCACCAUAGAUCUCAACUAUUGUUUCUUUCACUCUCAGGAGUGGGAAAAGUCAAAAUCCGACUAAAAUAUCAAAGAUGCUGAAAAACAAAUUGUACCAUGACAUAAAAUUAACGGCGAAGAGGUUUCAUUGGACAGCUAUAGCAUUUCGUCUACAGACUUAAAGUUAGAGGCACCUUACAAAGAUUCCAUCAAUCACUCUGAGACUAAAAUGGUUGAAAACAACAGGUGAUUGUAAAGGAACAAUAAAUAAGAUGCGUCUUAUCGUUGGAACUUUUAAAUCCGGCCUCUCGUGUUUAAUUUUAAAGGUCAGAUGCUCACACUUGUAUACAACCAUCAUUUUCCCGUAAAACGUUACUUCCUGCCUGCCCAGCGACCCUAUUGAAAUGAAAUCAUUGUUAAUAAGUGAAAGUACACUCGUUUGAAAAAAAUGACAAUGACAAAAUAGAUAAAAUUUAGUUUAGUUUCUGUUAAAGGCUAGCCAGACUUUCUCGCCUUUGUUUUGCCAACUGGUUUUAAUGAUUUCCGUGCCAUUAAUUUUUCAAUUUACAGUUUGUUUUUGUUUUUUUUUCACGGGGUGAAGUAUACGAUCCAGUGUGACAGUACAGCAUACAACAGGCUACACAUGAUGUACUCAAUUUUUAAUCACAAGCAGGAGUAUUUGUCAGGUCUUUGAAUUUAUGAAUGUUUGAAACAAGAACCGCUUUUCAGACAGGCUCGAUUUCCGUCGUCACCCGGGUCUGGUCUUUGAUCCUAAUCGAGCCUACAUUUCAAACUGCAAGUUUAUUGAACACUAUAAAAAUGAAAUAUUAAAAUUAAACAUGAAAUUAUUUUUUAUUAUUAUUUAAAGAGUUCUUUUCAAAUAUGUUUACACUUCAUUGCUGGUAAACAUAAGGUUUUUAUAAGGCACAAACCGUGAGUCGAUUGAAAGGCACAGUAAAUUAGAUAUAAAAGUUAAUAUGAAACUCCUUUGUCUAAUUCUAGAUUAUAAAUAUUUUAAUGUUGAAAGGCAAAGAAAAUGAAAUAGUAAAGUUUUAUAUUUAAUUCCUUUGCCUGGUCUAUUUCUAAAUUACAUAUAUUUUAACAUGGUGUCUAACGCAAACAUAGUUUUUAUUAUUUAUGGUUCCCAUAUUUAAUAGUUCGAUUAUCUCAAAAAUCUUGAAAAGAUCUCUAUUGAAACUUCUGUUAAAACUGGUGGAAUAGUUAUUUGUUUUCCAGAUCCCUUUGACUCUGAGCCUAGUAAGACAACAAUUCGAGAUUAAUAAAAAUUGAUGAACGUUCGAAAUCAAAAACGAAAAGUUAAGAAAAUCCAUUACCGUCACGACAAGUAAUUCAAGUAUUUAGUCGGUUGUUUGGAUUCAUUUGAAAUCAUCAGUCUCGAUGUUUUAAUUGCUUCCACUGUCAAUUUAGUUUGCGGCAGCUUCUUGGGUCAGUUCACUCUCCUUUCCGCUUGAGACGUGCGUUCAAUAGGUGUUUUUUUUUUCUUAUAUUAUGUCGACCAGCAACUUGAGCAACGUCUCAUCAAGAGAAAAGGAUUUGGAUUGUAGACUAUUAUAUGAGCCAUAUGUGUUCAAAGUAAGUUUGAUAGUUGUCUACUGUAUGGUCUUGUUGGUUGGCUUGACUGGAAAUGCCCUGAUAAUCACCUUGGUGUACAAGCGAAAAGACUUAAGAAAGACUAUAAAUCAGCUUAUCGCCAACAUGGCAUUAUCUGACUUUGUCUUUCAGUUAACAUUCAUUCCAGUUGAGUUGGCAAAAGCAGCGUAUGGUCAAUGGCCGAUCGCUGAACCAGUCGGAUCAAUUGUCUGCAAGAUCCAGAGUUUUGUUAUGUAUGCCUCUGUCUAUGUUUCUGUACAAAGCCUAACUUGGAUUGCAUUAGACCGGUUUAUAGCAGUAGUCUUUCCAAUGAAAGUUCAUCUGAUUUCCUCCAGAUUUCGCGUUUUGGCCAUUUCUUCCACGUGGAUCGUUGCC